AUGCUCGGGGCCGUGGAGAGCGGACUGCUCGCCUCGAAACUCGGCGCCAACAUGCGCGGCCGACCAAUGACGAUUGACGCGAUCGGAGACGCUGAGAAGAAGGCACCGUCGCAUCGCUCGAGCCACCUCGCGCGCGCAGCACCGCAGCUGCAGCAGCGCUCACCAGCGUCUGCGCCACCUCCGCAGGAGUAUGCAGCGCUACCGCCGCGGCAACAAGUCACUCCGCCACAAGCCUAUGUGCGACCGGGCCUCAACGGCUACGGGAUGCCGUCAUCAAACCAGCGGAAGUUGAACAUACGCAAGUUCGAUGGUACGGUGCUGUACCGCGGACUCGGGAGCGGAUUCUUUGACUGGGGGCGUGCGUUUCUGCGCGCGGUGAGCCUCGCGGAAGCGUCGUGUGGUUUUGGAUGGACCAAAGACGUCAAGGUUGACCUGCUUGGGCACUUUCUCGCCGGCACAGCUGAGAGGUACCAUCACAAGCAGGUCGAUACCUGGUGGACGCAGUCACCCACACUGGAGUACAUCAUGGAGCAGCUCCUGCGCACGUUCAAGACGUCAAUCACUGCACUCCAGGCGAUGAAGUUAUUUGUGGCCAAGAAGGACGCACGACGCACCUGGGCCGAGCACUUCCUGUACAUGGUCGCCGUUGGCGAGGCACGCGGUGGUGCCGACUCGCUUGUUCUUGAUAACAUCGUCCACCACGCUUCGCCGGAACUGCUGAACGUGAUGCGCUCCAAGUAUGAACCCACUCGACUCGACUACCUGCGCCAUGCCGAGGAGCUGGCGCACUUCGCGCAGUCCAUUGAGCACGAUAGCAGCGCGGUGGGUCGUGAGGUCGUCGCCGCGCUCGUGCUAGGCAAACCCAAGGGCGCGAUCACGUGCUACCGAUGUAGGCGACCAGGCCACAUCGCAGCCGACUGUCGCGCGCGAGUCGUGCACGACGACGAGACACCCGAGGAGGGUGGAGGCGCCAGCAAGAUCCUUGCACUGACCGAGAAGCGCAGAGCGACCACGAAGAAGCGCAACAGGAGGAAGAAGGGCUUGCGCGGCAAGGACGCCGCAGCGACCAAUGCAAGCGAUGGAUCGCGAGCCAUAGACGGCUCAUGCGGCUUCGUGCUUUCGACGAGCGACGGAGUACGAGCCACGGACGGCACGCGCGGCCUCGUACUUGCGGCGACCGAUGCCACGGGAGUCGGCCGAGGAGACUGUAUCCUCGAUAGCGGCGCGAGCCGGCAUCUUGUCAACGACGAGUCGCUGCUGCUCAAGUCGACGGCUUGCAGCCAAGAGAUUGCAAUGGCAGACUGCGAGUCGCUUCACCUGACGCGUGUCGGCAGCGUGCGCCUCGAGGUUCUUGCGCGCGGCGCUGAAGCGGUAGUGACGCUCACGGAUGUGUACUUGGCGCCGCGACUGGCAAAGAACAUCGUGUCUUACGGCAAGCUCACCAACAAAGGAUUUGCCCUAGUGCACUCCGGCGAAAGGCGCUCGCUUUCUCGGUGCAGAGAUGGUACGGUCGCGUUCGAUGUCACAAUCGACAGCAACGUGCUGUAUGUCGUGACGAAGGCCACGCGCGACAAGGAAGGUGCAGGCUGCGACGCGAUCAUGGCGGCGCUCGAAGCGCAUGCCACGGAAACCAACGCCGACGAGCCGCACGAAGCCUCGCUGUUGCACUGGCACCAGCGACUCGGCCACCUUGCGUUCGACACGAUCGAACGCAUGGCUCGCGAUCCGGCAUCGGGCAUUCGGCUCAGCAACAACAAAUGUAAGGCGUGCGUGUCGUGCCUCGAGGGCAAGCAGAAUCGCAACGCGCAGUCCCAACAAGACAGCGGCAAGCACUCGCCCAUCGAUCGCAUCGGCGGCGUCAUCUGCUCGGACCUGAAGGGUCCAAUGAAGCCGCGGGACCGACUCGGCAAUCGUUACCUUGUGAACUUCGUUGAUCACAAGAUCAACUACUGCCGAGUCUUCCUCGCGCGCACGAAGGACGCUGCGGCGAAGCAAGAAUACGCCAACGUGGACCUGUUCUGCGAGCGCACGGGCGUCGCGCGCCAAGUGUCUGAGGCGCAAAAGCAGGCCUCAAACGGCAAGGCGGAACGAAUGCACCGGACAGUGCUGAACCUUGCGCGCAGCAUGAUCUUUGCCUGUGCGCUGCCCCUGAUGUUCUGGGGAGACGCGGUACUGUACGCCGUUCACAUCCUCAACCGGAGCCCUACGCGAGCAAAUGCAAAGAGAGCGUCACCACUCGAGGUGCUGACGGGCAAGACGCCGGAUCUGCGUAAAAUUGUCGUUUUUGGCUCCCAGUGCAGCGUGUAUAGAGACCCGCGGAAAAACUCGCUGCUGCAGCGCUCGGGGCGCGCCAUCACUGUCGGCGUCAGCGAGGAAACCAAGGGCUACAAGGUGCUGCUGCCGCGUAACAAUAAAGUGGUCGUCACGCAGCACAUCAAGAAUAUCGAGACAUUGACGGAGGCGCAAAACGCGCAACUCCAGCGCGCGAUGGACGUCGGCGAUCGAGCCGGAGGCCAGGAGGAGACGGACGCGCCAGCAACAGUAGUGGCGAACGAUGGUCGCGCAGAGGGCAACAGGGAGACGCGUAAAAGCAGAAAGCGAUGGACGCGAGCGGCGCAUGGAACACGCGGGGCGUUGAAACGCGCAGAAGCGGGCUGCUCGUCAGGAGGAGACAGCCGCGAGCGAAGAAGUCGUAAAUGCUGCUUUCGAGCACGAUCCGCUUGA